AUGGGAUACGCAAUCUUGCCCGCGCUGAUUCCGGACAUCGAAAAGGUGUAUGAUGCCUACUUCAAAGCCUUCAAUGGCGACUUGAUGGGAGACAUCAUGGUCAAGAUCCUGUUCCCAGGCGGGGUCGACACGGAAGAAUUCCGCAAAGCGCACACCGCCGGUACUCUGUCGUGGUGGCACCACAGCAACUGCCAAUACACUUACAAGUGCGUUGACACCGAGACGGGAGAGAUCGUCGGCAUGGCGUUGGGCGACAUUUACCUCAAGGAGCGCAGCGAAGAGGAGCGCAAGAACCACGGCGUGGGCUGGCUCGAGGGGGCGGCGAGAGAACGCGCCGAGGCCGUUCUCAAUCCUCUUCACGACGUCAGAGAGAAGCUGUUCGGCGGGCGCCGGUACAUCUACACCCACGUUAUCGCCGUUGACCCGAAGCACCAGGGCAGAAAGGCCGGGGCCCUUUGGUGUAAAUGGGGAAUGGAUCUCAGUGACAGCCUGGGGAUCCCCCUGUACUUCGAAUCGUCUCCCUCGACCUACAAGCUGUACGAGAAAAUGGGCUACGAGACCCUGGAUGAGAAGAUUGUCCACAAGGCGGAGCUGAUGGGCACGCCCAACGACAUCGAGGUGCCCCUCAUGGUCAAGAUGCCUGCCUGCGCAGGGGGCAUGACAUUUAAAGAAUGGCGCGCUGCGGGAUACCCUUCCUUCAGCGAGGUCAAAAGACUUCCGGCCACUCCCGUUGUCAAUGUCGUGCCGGACGAGAAGAAGCUUGGCGGCAGCGCUGUGGCCGUGGAGGUGCAGGUCCAGGAGGUGCAGGUCUAA